UCAUAUUGUUAUUAAACGAUCUUGAAAGGUCGUUGGUGGAACAGCUAGUCUCGAAAACGUUUAAAAUGUUAAAAUGACAAGUACCAAACGAAAAAGACUCAUUUAGUAAUAAAAUGAUAGCUGAUUUUUGCCACUACAACUAAUAUUUUGUAGUACAUCUUCAAGCCAUGCCAGUUGAAAGGCUUAAAAAAUUUCAUGAGGGUUAAAAAAACAGAAAAAACAUAGGAACCACAGAUGCAUCAAUAAACUAGUAAGGAGAAGACAAAUGUAAUACAAACGACACGUCAAUAAAUUCAACAAACGACAUCCCUUCAAAAGUAAAACGUCAUACCAAUCUAAAAAGUUAAUCUUUAUGCAAGGGUUGAUCGAAAUGAAAAAGUGUCACGAGAUUCGAACCCACGACCUUCGGCUCAACAGGUCUCUCUCUAACGUCGGUGGGAGUUUAGGCGUUGGCACAGCGCUCAUAACUGUAAGAUAAAGGUCCCGGGUUCGAAUAACCCGACAUACUUAGAAAUGGGCUUAGAAAAAAAAAGAGGCAUUGAAUAAAAUAAAAAAAUAAAAAUCGUGGAUGUAAAAAAAAAAUUAUAUAAAAAAAAUUAAUAUUUAUUUUAUUUCGUAUUUUUACUUGUCGUUUCUAUGGUGAUGAUUUUCGGUGUUAUUUGAAAUAUCUUCGAUAUUAUCAAAUAAUGUUUUCAUUAAGUGGUAAAACUGGUAUAAUCGUCGCUGCAGCUGCAGCAUUAGUUGGUGCGGCGAGUUGGUUUAUCAGCAGGAAAUACUGGAGAGAUGAUGAAGAGGAGAUAGAAGAAGUUGUGGUUUAUGAUAAGCAAGGUAAUACAUUUUCAUUGGAAGAACUGAAAAAGAUCAAGUUGGACAAAAUCACGGAUAACUGCAGUGGAGUUGAUCGCGAACUUAAAGAAGAAUUCAUGUAUCUGUCGAUCGACGAAAUAACGGCGAUUCUUGGCAAUGAACAAUUAGAAAAUGUAUUUUAUGCAAUUGGCCCUUUUUUACACAAACAUGGGGGUUUGCCUGCAGUGCAUAAAGCACUGGAAGACUAUAGAGAUCGUGGAGCGGACCAAAUGGUAUGCAUCAACAGUCAAAGCAGGAAUAAACCCCUAUUUGUGAGCAAGCAUUGAGGGCAGUAUCUUUUGGCUUAAAUCAAAUUUUUGUUUUAUAUUUUUGAAUAAAUUAUAG